CUACUUUACGGCACUGCCUCCGCCCCUUCAGGUGCUGGAAGUCUGAAGCCGGCAAACAUGGCCGUCACCGACAGCCUCAGCCGGGCUGCGAGUACCUUGGCAGCUGUAUUGCUCUUGUCCUUCGGCAGCGUGGCCGCUAGUCAUAUCGAGGAUCAAGCAGAACAAUUCUUUAGAAGUGGCCAUACAAACAACUGGGCUGUUCUGGUGUGUACAUCCCGAUUCUGGUUUAAUUAUCGACAUGUUGCAAAUACGCUUUCCGUUUAUAGAAGUGUCAAGAGGCUAGGUAUUCCUGACAGUCACAUUGUCCUAAUGCUUGCAGAUGAUAUGGCCUGCAAUCCUAGAAAUCCCAAACCAGCUACAGUGUUUAGUCACAAGAAUAUGGAACUAAAUGUGUAUGGAGAUGAUGUGGAAGUGGAUUAUAGAAGUUAUGAGGUAACUGUGGAGAAUUUUUUACGGGUAUUAACUGGGAGGAUCCCACCUAGUACUCCUCGGUCAAAACGUCUUCUUUCUGAUGAUAGAAGCAAUAUUCUAAUUUAUAUGACAGGACAUGGUGGAAAUGGUUUCUUGAAAUUUCAAGAUUCUGAAGAAAUUACCAACAUAGAACUUGCGGAUGCUUUUGAACAAAUGUGGCAGAAAAGACGCUACAAUGAGCUACUGUUUAUUAUUGAUACUUGCCAAGGAGCAUCCAUGUAUGAGCGAUUUUAUUCUCCUAACAUAAUGGCUCUAGCUAGUAGUCAAGUGGGAGAAGAUUCACUCUCGCAUCAACCUGAUCCUGCAAUUGGAGUCCAUCUUAUGGAUAGAUACACAUUUUAUGUCUUGGAAUUUUUGGAAGAAAUUAACCCAGCUAGCCAAACUAAUAUGAAUGACCUUUUUCAGGUGUGUCCCAAAAGUCUGUGUGUGUCUACUCCUGGACAUCGCACUGAUCUUUUUCAGAGGGAUCCUAAAAAUGUACUGAUAACUGAUUUCUUUGGAAGUGUACGGAAAGUGGAAAUUACAACAGAGACUAUUAAAUUGCAACAGGAUUCAGAAAUCAUGGAAAGCAGCUAUAAGGAAGACCAGAUGGAUGAAGAACUAAUGGAACCUCUGAAAUAUGCUGAACAACUUCCUGUAGCUCAGAUAAUACACCAGAAACCGAAGCUGAAAGACUGGCAUCCUCCUGGGGGCUUUAUUCUGGGAUUAUGGGCACUUAUUAUCAUGGUUUUCUUCAAAACUUAUGGAAUUAAGCAUAUGAAGUUCAUUUUUUAGACUUGAUGAUGAAUGAAGAAUGCAUGGAAGACUGCAAACUUGGAUAAUAAUUUAUGUCAUUAUAUAUUUUUAAAAAUGUGUUUCUCUUGUGUGAAUUGGAAAUAAGGAAACUAAAUUUGAAUCAACAAUUAAUUUUAUAACUUGAAGAAAAAUAACUGUUAAUGCAAUUGCUUAAUGGCACUAAAUAUAUUCCAGUUUUGUAUAUUGUGUAUUAUAAAAGCAAAUGAGACAAAGAGAUCAGAAUACAUUGAUUGUUUUUGAAAAUAGUAAUUUCCGCUUAUCCCCUUUUCAUUUGGAAAAGAAAAAAUUGUGAAGACAUUAAAUUCUCACUAACAGAAGUAACUUCGGUUAAUUAUUUUUUGUAUAUCCUCCCAAUCUUUUGACUUAUGCACAUAUUUUUUCCCAAUAUGGAGAUCAUAUGGAAUAUACUAUUUUGUAAUGUCUUUUUUUAUUUUACAAUGUAUUAUCAACCUUUUCCCUCUCAAAAAUACAUUGUGAAUGACUGCAUAGUAUUCAUUAUAUGAAUAUUUAAUUCAUUUCACAGUCUUCUAUUGUUGGACCACUUACAUUGUACCAAACGUUUUCCUUUGGUUUAUUCUUUAAUGUAUUAAUAUUUUACUGCUGGUCACUCAUGGAAUCCUGCAGCUUUAAUUAAAAGCAAAGAUGAAAAAUUGGUUUUUUAAUCUAUGGCACUGACAAUCUCCAGGACCUUGUAUGUUGCCAGUUUAUUUGGGAAAUUUUAGACCUUUGAUAAUUUCACAAAUUGACUGCUCAAGAGAAACAUACGCCAUUGUUUUUCAUUUGUAAGCGUUCUGUGAUCUUCUAGAAUUGGUCAUGUCCUCUUCAUUUUCCACCUUGAAGGAGAGAACCAACAAGGACUUUAUUUCAUUCUGUUUUAGGUAAACCUCCUUGCCCACUGGCUGUAUCUAUACUUUCCCUGAGAAAAAUCCCAUAAAGUGGAUGGACCUGUGAAGAAAAUGUACGCUUAUGGCCUAGCCUUCAUGUCUGGCUGAUGUAUCCUAUAAGGCAGUAAGCCCCUUUUCUGGUCUCUGGUAAGAUGCAAGAGCUCAUAUCCCCAUCACUGACAUUUUAGUUUGGAAAUAAUAUUGAGACUGUGCUAUGACCAACCCCUGAUGUUGUUUUUUCUUUUCAAACUUUUGCAUAUGAGUAGAGGAAAAGCCUAAAAGUUCAGUAUUUAUGUCUGGGGGGAUACCUUCAAGUGUCUUAUCUGUUUUAUGCAAGAAUUUAUGUGUUCAUCUUUAUUCAGUGUGAAGAUUUUUUUUAUAAUUUUGUUUAUAAUUGUAGGUAACAUUAAGACAACUCUUCCUCCAUAAGAAAACCUCCUAAAAUUAAUAUUCCUUAAGAUUUGUUUUUCCUUUUGCACUUAUAAUAUUACCUUUUAAUUGCAUGCAAGAUUGUCAUACUUUUCACAGGCGAAGGAUUGACCGUGUUAUCUCCCUAGUUAGAACAAAUGAUAUUGAGGCUUUUUGCCAGCUCUGAAUCUUUAUUUUAAUUGAUCUUUUUAUUGAUGUCUUAUAUAAAUGAGGAAGAAAAAUUUUGUCUGAUUAUGUGAAGGAUCUUUCUGUACAUGAAAAGAAGGGAAAAUAAACUUGCAAUUGAAUAGACUGAUUAUAGUAGCACUGAGACACAAAAAGAUUGACCUUGUUGCUCUCCAGACACUCAUACAAGGUCGUGGACACCACGGUGAGGUGGAGCUAUUUAGGGUGGUAAAGAAAUUAUGAUUGUUCUUGAGCCAAAGUAAUUUAGUUUGAAUAUCAUGAAACAUACCCUGAUGGGUAAAGACUGCUAGAAAGUAAAAGGAUUUGUCUUCAGAGGUUGUAGAAGGUGCCCUUUUUAGUUAAAACCAAACUGGGAAAAGUAAUACUGGAUAAAAUAUUCAGGAUAAAUUUUACUUCGGCAGAAUUUCAAAGGGCAGUUAUUCCUCUGUUUCAUUAUUGAAUCUUCAGAAUAUAGUUAAAGCCAAAAGCUUAAAAUAUGUUAAAUGUUUCACUUAUAACCAUAAUCUUUUUACAUAGAGCAUACUCUGCCUUCAUAAUAACUAAAUCCUCUGCAUGUGGUAGAUGAGUAUGUUUAGGAAAUAUUGUCAGUGCAAUUAAAUGGCCUACACUUUAAACAAUAACAUAAAAACAAAUCCUUAAAUAUAUUCUACUUGAGUCACAAAAGCUGAACAACAGAAAGGUGUUUUGUUUUUGCCUUUCUCACAGUGUUGUGGUGAGAAUCAGAUGAGAUAAUAUUUUGACUAAACACUUUGGAAAUUGUAAAUAUAUGGUGGCAUUAUUGUUCUUAUGUUGGCUUAGGGGGAUACCAAAGGGGAAGUUAAUGGUCACAGUGCACUUACGUAGCUUUCUAAGCUACUCAAUGUGAUUCUUGUUCUCUUUGCUGUUCUUUUUCUCCUCCCCCAUGGUGUCCUUCAGAGAGAAAAGGAAUGUAGAUAAAUGAAUCCCAGCAGAUGUGUCCUGACAUUUCAGGGAGGGACAGGGUAUAAUGAUGUCAUCCUGCAAAGGCAGCCUGUGUGAGAAAAAGAAAUCAAAUGAUGUGGAUUUUAAAAUUACAAAAGACAUUCAUUUGCAGUUUAUGAAAGGAGAAUGUAGUUUGGAUACAAAGCUGAUUAAAUUGGAUCAAGAAAAAUUAGAAUUAAAUGCAAAAAAUAAUCCAUGCAUUUAUGGUUUUGAUUCUUAUAUAUUCCCAGCUAGUUGAAAAUGAUGAUUCCCACAAGAAGCAUAACUCAGCUUGUUUCUGCUUACUGAGUAUUUUCUACUAUGGUAUAUGUUGAUAACAUUUCUUCCAUUAUGUAUGUUGUAUACCAGAGUUACAGUUACUGUGGGAAUCAUAAUUUGAAAUUUUGACUCCUGUGUUUCUGGAAUCUUUACAACAAAUGUUGCAUUAACAUAUAACUUUUUUCAGUUGACUUUACCAAAAUUAAGCCCAUCUUUCGUAGAUACUGUUUUAACAUGUGAAAGAAAUAUGUUAUAAACAUACUACAAGGUAUGGCUAUAAAAUAACGAGAUCAGUAUCCAUUUUUGCUUUAUAGAAUUGGCCUUAUUGCUUCAUUGUCACAUCUCAUACUCAAGGGCAUUUACUACAAAGAAAGCGUUCUCCAAUAUUGCUGUUCUGUUGCUGCCUGCCCUAUUUACACAUGUACCUGCUACUUAAAUAGGAAAGCCUUUCAAUUCAUGGACAAUACACCUUGGUGGUAACCAGGCUUUUAUUUUUUUUUCUUAGUGUAAAAAAUGUACUGUUUUGGAAAUGUGCUGUGAAAUAUUAGGUUUAACUGUGUAGAUCCUAGAAUAAGGGGAUUUAUAUAGAUGAAGUUGUAACCAAGAAACUGGUUAUUAAAAAUUUAUUUACUCCAAA